AUGGGCCGUGCCAUUGGCGGCGGCGAGUGGUUGACGGGUGGGAAUCGCCUUGAGGACGACGCUGCCGACAAGGACGCUGCCCUGCUCGACGUGUCGCGGCCGGUGGACACGUUUGACCCCAUCCUUGAUGAGGCGGAGAAGCACAAGAAGCGGCGGCAGCGCCACCGCAACCUCGGGGACGCCGACAGCUACAACACCGACGAGUUGGACGCAGAGAAGGAUGCGACGGCGGACGUCACAGACGGCGGUGCGCUUCCACGCGCUUCUGGGGACGUCGGGGCGUACGACGCGGCAACGACGCGGGUGUGGCUGAAAACUCUUGUGAGCGAAACAGGCCUGGAUGCCGACGGCCCCGGCGCCGCUGACGGGGCCGGGGCGGCCCCACAGGCGCCUGCGACUGAGCAGAGUGGCGAGGCUGGCGCCAGCCGUCAACUUCACAAGGCAGCCAGCAGCUGCGGGUCGCUGCGUCAGCGGUUGAGCAGUCGAACGAUGAGCCGGGGCUUCGAUGAGAUGUUGGCAACGCUUGCGCCGCCCCGGGCGCUCGGCGAGGCAUUCCAUGAAAAGCACCGCGCCAAACGGGAAAGCCCUGUAGUAUUGAAUGAAAUCACUCUGGAGGAAGAAGAGUUCGCGGAGGAGGAGGAAGAGGAAGAAGAUGAGGACGAGGAGAGUGAGGCGAUGAGUGAAGGCGAAGAGGAAGAGGAAGCAGGCGCAGCGGACGAGGAAAAAGGAGAUGGCGAUAUACAGCAGACAAUGGCGCUUUCCCCCGCUCGCAGUACGCCCGCUAAAUGA